UAAAAGUAGGGCAAAUCGGAAUAAAAUCCCUGCAUAGGUUCUGACUACAUCACUCAUUCAAAAACAGAUAUCACAGGGAGUUAUGAUUUCCUCAACAAAUCAUUCGCUCCAUUUGACUUACCAGGAAUUUCAAAACGGCUCAAACGGCAAAAACCAAAAUCAAAGAGGUAUUUCAUCGGUAGUCCCUCUCCCAACAGAAAGACAGAGUACCAUUUUCCAAGGCAGAAACUUCUGAACAGAAGUGUUGAUACUCGUCGAAAAGAGUCCUUCAGCAAGCAUAUUUUGGAUAAAUAAAUUAUUUUCAAAGAUCGACUACUACUUCACACCGUAUAAUAAAUAGGGUUCUUAUGGACAAGCACAUGAAAUUUGUUGAUGCUAAGGACAAGAAGGUGUAUGCAGACAAUGAUCCCAAUAGACACUGGGGAAUGAUCAGCAACCUAAUAACCAAAACCGAUCCAGAGUACCUUCGAGAGAUCCUUCGCCAUGUGAACUGUCACUUGCAUAAAUAAAAAGAAACGGAUCAAGAACAAGUCUCAAAAUUCUGAGAAGAAAUUAGUGAAACCCAAGAAUAAUAGGAUUGAGGCCUCUUAUAAUAAUUUCAUAAAUGACUUGAUCAUCAAGAAGCCAAAUAAUUCCUUUAUGGAUAUAUUGGGGUCAAGACUAGACUCUGUCUUGAAAGGGAAUCGCAGGAGUCAGUUCCUGACUCCUGCUAGUAUCCCUCAAGAAGUCUCUGAGGAAUUAGAGCCAAAUAUCAUAGAGCAUAUCAAGAUCACUAGUGAUGACUUGGUGAGCAACCUUGUCGAUGAGAAAACCUCCCAGCUGAAUCAUCCUAAAGAGAGCAGUGAUAGUGAAGUAGACACUUUCAGUUCACGAUCUUCUGUCAAUACCUCAAAAAUUGGAGAUACUCUCAAAGUUGUAAAGAAGAAGUCAAGGAAAUUAUUAAAAUCUUCAACCAAACACUUUCACAGAAAAUCUACUAAAAUCAAACCGAACGAACCUGGCAACCUAGGGCCUGUCCUAAUGAGUUGACUCACUAUGAGAAAAGAUAUCAACGUCAGAAAAUCAAUUCUGGAUGUAAGAGACUCAAUUAACAUCGGUUCAAUUGCAGAAGUAACUGAAACAAAAUCAAACACCUCUUCUCAAUUCCCUAACCCAACCAAAAGAGUCUCAUUCGAGUCCAAAACCUUCUCUAUCCCAAUCCCAAUGACCCAAUUCUCCACAAAAUUCCUUCCAAAGCCCACUCAAAAUCCCAAAACUCCACUCAAGCACGACCUCUUCCGCAAAUUCUACCAUCGCUACUUACCAAAAUCCUCAAAUUUCCCCACUGAAAUCCUUCCUGACCCGAAACCUCCAAAGGCUCGGUCGAAGCCGAGGCUUCGUACUAGCCCAAGGGUGUCUGUCUCCAGAGGAAAUAUUUUUAAAGUUUACUGUAAAAACAGUAAAGUUUUUCAAUAA